AUGCACACAUGGAAUGACUCCACAAGAAAAAAGAAACGGAACAUUGGCUUUGCCAAUCAACUGCGCAAAUUGACAAAAGCCGCAAUGGCGACCUUACCUUUUAAAAAUUACAAACAAACAAUGUUUGAACGUCCUUUACUCUGUUUCAUCGAAUAUUUGCCAAUUUCAUUACAAAGCUUUUGUUGCAAUUUAGAGGACCUGCGUGAGAAGGUGAAUCGACUGGAAUCGGAAAACGUCAAGAUGCGGGAGGAGUUCAACGUUCAGAGGGCUAAAAUGAAGGAGUUGUUCCUUCAGAAGGAAGAGGAGCUAAAGAGGAGACUGCAGGACAACACAUGUCUGCAAAAGGAAAAUGCCAAGUUAAAGAACGAAUUGGACGAGGCAAAGAGCCAAUUGGUCGUAGCCGAUUUGAAGAUUCAGAAUGACAUGCAGAUCGAGAAGAGAAAAGCACAGGAGGAGAUAGCGUCUCUGCAAAGGGUUAUACAUGAAACAAUGGAGGAAUCCUCCUGUUCGCGCAAGCAGUUAGAUGCAGAACUAGCUAGGUUGAAAGCGACACUUUCCAAGUUGCAAGAGGAGAACGCAUUAUUGAAGUCGCAGUUGCCAAGGGAUCCGCCAGUGGACGGCCCGCAGAUAUCACUUUCUACAGUAACGAAAACGCUAGCUCGAAAAGUAGUUUCCCAAUUAGGCGCAGAUGCUUUGUCCUUAGGCCCCGACAAUCUUGAGGAGAGCAUGAGGAAGGUAAAAAGAUAUGUACAGAUCUCUGCCUUACAGGCGCAGGAGGAUGCAGAAGUUCUACGCUCGUUGGUUGUGCCACUCGAGGAGGAGAUCAAAGCCUUGAAGGAGAAGCUAAGGGCAACAGACGACGAACUUCAGAAGUGCAAGGAAGUACAGUUGCAGAAGAAGCAGCAGGAACCUCUUGGCUCCUCCGAAUCAGUGUGUGAUAUGUGCGCAAAUUACGAGGCGCAAUUAGUCAAGAUGCAGGCAGCUGCCAAAGAAUUAGAGAAACAGCAGUUAGACUCCGAACGGAUGUUGCAAGUGCAGAAGGAGGACUUGGCCAAGGAAGUAGAGUUUCGAAAAGAGAUGGAGGAGAAAUGGAACGAGAAGAAAGAGGAGCAUAAAAUCAAAGUAGCAGAGCUAACUGUUACCUCGCAAACGCUGCAGCAAACGCUAACCGAGCUAAAAAGGAUCUUUGAGCAAGUUCAAAGGAGCAUGAAGGACGAGCUCGUGAAAUUAACACGCGGCCGCGAGGAAGUGCAAAGGCAUCUUAUCGUAUUGCAAAAGGAGAACGAAAAUCUGGUCGGCAAACAUAGCAAGCAUUCCCAGCAACUGCAGAGUGAGAGUAUCAAUAUGCCGAACAACGUCGAGGAGUUGCACGUUAGUCUUUUGAAAAUGCGGGAAGAUCUGAUCACUGCGAAAGUUGCUCAAGAGGUUGCGCAAGAGAAGGAGGAGACGUUGCGAUACGAAGUGACCUUGCUUCACGAACAAAUGGAACAGGAAAAUAGAGUAAAAGAACAAGAGACACUGGUAUUAAAAAAUGAAAUUAGUGGUUUAAGAACACAGCUAGACAAAUACGUACGAGAUCAUCGAUCCCUUGUCGAGAGGGAGGAGAAGCUCGAACGGUUAGAAAAACAGUUAGAUGCCGUUUUAAAAGAAAAUAAACAGGCAGAAUUGAAAGUGGCCGAGUUACGGCAAAGAGUUACCAGUCUUCAACAAGAGCUAGAUAAUAGCGAAGCAGUUCAAAAGGACUUUGUUAGAUUGUCGCAGUCUUUACAGGUACAACUAGAAAGAAUUAGACAAGCUGGUAACGAGGUACGAUGGCAACAUGAAGAGGAUGUGGAAGAAUGUCCUAAUUGUCAUACUACAUUCACCGUUACAAAGAAGAAGGUACAUUGUCGCCACUGUGGUCAAGUAUUUUGUCAAUCAUGCCUUUCACACGUUGUGAAAAGUGGACCGCAACAAAGACCAUCCAGAGUCUGUGAUGUUUGCCAUACGUUAUUGGUACAAGAUACAGCACCAUAUUUUAGUCAAGAACCACCACACACACCUGAUUAA